CAGGAUGCACUUUUGGUUAUGUGCUGUGUUGCUAAUGGCAGCUGUGAUCCUCAGCUGUUCCUUAUCAGCUACCAAGACAUUGUGGGAAGACUGGAAAAAUCAAUAUGGCAAAAUUUAUGACAAUCAGACUGAGCUGAUCUUCAGGAGAACAGUGUGGGAGAAAAAUCUGCUCAUGUUGCUGAGACACAACCAGGAGGCUUCAGCAGGAAAACAAAGCUUUGUUCUGGGACUGAACCACCUAGCUGACAUGACAGCAGAGGAGAUAAAUAACAGGCUAAAUGGUUUGAAGGUGGAAGAAGCUCUUGAAAUCGAGAACAACACCUUUAAGAAAGUGAAUUACUCAUCGCUUCCAAAAAGUGUUGAUUGGAGGAAACACGGCCUGGUUGGUCCUGUCAGAAAUCAGGGGUUAUGUGGUUCAUGCUGGGCCUUCAGCUCUUUAGGGGCUCUUGAGGGGCAGAUGAAGAAGCGAACAGGCGACCUUGUUAUGCUGAGUCCACAGAACCUUGUGGACUGCGGCACUCAGGAGGGAAACCUCGGCUGCAGAGGAGGAUACAUCACCAAGGCCUUUAGCUACAUCAUCCACAACAAAGGCGUCGACUCGGAGCGCUCGUACCCCUACGAACACCAGAACGGAAAAUGCCGCUACACGCUGCAAGGCAGGGCUGCCUACUGCUCAAACUUUCACAUCCUUCCACGGGGAGAUGAAUUGGCUCUGCAGGCUGCAGUUGCAUCCGUUGGACCAGUUGCUGUGGCUGUGAAUGCCAUGCUGCCCUCCUUCCAUUCUUACAGAGGAGGUUUAUACAAUGUGCCUGACUGUAACCCAAAGUUGAUCAAUCACGCCGUCCUGGUCGUGGGUUACGGCACAGACGGAGGACAGGACUACUGGCUGGUGAAAAACAGCUGGGGAACAGAAUGGGGAGAAGGAGGCUUUAUCCGUAUUGCAAGGAACAAGAAAAACCUCUGUGGCAUUGCAACGUUAGCAGUCUACCCCACGCUGUGACAUCAACCUAGAUUUAUUUAGUUUUCAUCUUACUUCUUUGUUUGUUUUUAUAAGUGCACAUUGUUUUUUCAGAGCACUGCAGAAUUAACAGGGUGUACUAAAGAUACACUGUUGGUUUAAGAAGCUCUAACCUGCCGAUAUAAUAAAGUAUUCUGAAGGAUUUUGUUAGCUUCAAAGGGGGCUGAACAGUUGCACAACCCUUAGCGCCGUUUUCUUGCAGCAAGAAUAUCCUGGGAAGGAAUACUAGCCUGGGGUCUUUCUGCACGGAGUCUGCAUGUUCCCUCUGUGCAGGAGCAGGUUUUCUCUGGGUACGGUAACUUAGCUUCCUUCGACUACCCAACAACUAGUGUUGCACUGAUACCAGUAUCAGGCGGGGCCCCAAUCCUGCACUAAAAUGGUGGUAUCGGCGAGUACCAACAAACAGGGCACCGAUACCAUUUUGAGAGCCAAAAAUGUAUUCAACUAUUGUCACCCAUUCCAGGUAGGCAAUAAAAAGUUCUACUGGAUUCACUUUGUAUUAGUCUUUUGCUUGCUUUACUUCACAAAGGUUGACAUGAUGGCAAUUAUUUUACAUCCAAGUAGUACGCAGUUCUUCAUAUAUACACAC